AUGGCAUCAACAGCUGGUCAAACCAUUGAGUGCCUCGCCGCCGUGGCCUGGGAAGCAAACAAGCCGCUGCAAAUUGAGACCGUCUCCGUUGCUGCUCCCAAGGCCGGCGAAGUGCGUAUUCGCAUCCUCGCCACCGGUGUCUGCCACACUGAUCUGUACACCCUCAGUGGCCUUGAUCCGGAGGGCAUCUUUCCCACGAUCCUCGGACACGAAGGUGCCGGUGUGGUGGAGAGUGUCGGCGAGGGAGUGACUUCGGUUCAACCUGGUGACCACGUUAUUCCCUGCUACAUUCCCCAGUGUGGCGACUGCAAGUUCUGUCACAGCAAGAAGACCAACCUGUGCUCGAAGAUCCGAAACACUCAGGGUCGAGGUGUGAUGCCUGAUGGAACCUCGCGCUUCACCUGCAAGGGACAGAGUCUGUUCCACUUUAUGGGAACCUCGACUUUUGCCGAAUACACCGUGGUGGCUGAGAUUUCCGUCGCCAAAGUGAACACUGCUGCACCACUUGAUAAAGUCUGCCUGCUUGGUUGUGGUAUCUCCACUGGAUAUGGUGCCGCGCUGAACACCGCCGAUGUUGAAAAAGACACAUCGGUGGCCAUCUUUGGCUUGGGAACUGUGGGGUUGGCCGCAGCCUACGGAGCUAAGCAGCGAGGUGCCAAAGACAUCAUCGGCGUUGACAUCAACCCCUCCAAGUUUGAGGUUGGAAAAAAAUUUGGUUGCACUCGCUUCGUGAAUCCCAAAGAUUAUCCAGACCGGCCAAUCCAAGAGGUCUUGGUAGAGCUGACAGACGGCGGCUUGGACUACACUUUUGAGUGCAUCGGCAAUGUGCAGACGAUGCGUGCCGCUCUGGAGGCCUGUCACAAAGGCUGGGGCCAAUCGAUUAUCAUUGGCGUUGCAAGUGCAGGACAAGAAAUUAGCACACGACCAUUUCAGCUAGUCACCGGACGAGUCUGGAAGGGUAGCGCAUUUGGUGGCUGGAAGAGCCGAGACAGCGUCCCCAAACUGGUGGAUGCCUACAUGGCCGGCAACCUGAUGGUGGAUGAGCACAUCACUCACUCGGUGAACUUGGAACAAAUCAAUGAUGCAUUCACCUACAUGAAGCAGGGCGUCUCGCUGCGAUCGAUCGUCUACUUCUCCAAGAGUGCAUAG